AUGUAUUUCCGUGUAAUUUCCUAUAUUCUGUUUAAGGAGAACAGAGACGUGAACACCUCGGACUGGGACAGCAAGAUGGACUUCUGGACUUCUCUGAUCGUACAGAGCUGCAAAGACAGAAAGUCAGUCUGUGUCAACCUACAAGAUCUCAACAAGACCUUCAGGAGGAAAGACAAAUGCCCGCUUGGUCUGCCCACAGUCCUCCAGUCUAUGUCCAGGAGUGGGAAGCUUCAGAGGGAGUCAGAGUUUGCUGCUAAUGUGGACAGUGGCUGGCUGUCAUGGGGCGUGGGACUUUUGUUAGUGAAGCCGAUCAAAUGGACUUUCUCUACUCUUCUGGGAAGCAGCCGUGUGCCUUUAGAAGAAUCGUUUGUUGUCAUUGGACUAGUUAAGGAGAAAUCCGCUGAAUUACUUGAAGCAUAUCACAGCACAGGUAUCUGUGCUGAUGAGAGCACCCUCUGCAUGGCUCUACUGCAGCUGCAGAAGGACAAACAAGUGAUUGUCUCAAUCCAUGAAGGAGAGAAGAUUGUUAAAUUUAGUCAGCCUGGCCAGGAUAGAGUCCCUCCGGUCAAUGACGUAGACCUAGGCAUCUACCAGCUCCAGCGCAGUGAGAAGCUCCUUGGAGAGAGGGUGAAAAAACUGGGAAUCGAGGCUGAGAAAUGUAAAGAUGAAGCAAGGGUUCUACUUCGCGAUGGAAAGAAAUCUCAGGCUUUGAGAUGUCUGAGAGGACGCAAGAGAGUUGAGAAAAAGGCAGACGGUUUAUUUGCUAAACUAGAGACAAUCAGAGGAAUCCUGGACCGUAUAGCUCAGUCACAGACCGAUAAGAUGGUCAUACAAGCGUAUCAGGCUGGUGUGUCAGCUCUGAGACUCUCUCUUAAAGAUGUGACAGUGGAACGAGCUGAGAGCUUGGUGGAUCAAAUCCAGGAGUUGUGUGACACUCAAGACGAAGUGAACCAGACUCUCGCUAGUGGUGUGGUUAGUACAGAUGAAGAUAUGGACGCUUUGGAGGAGGAGCUUAAGUCUUUAUUGGAGGAGCCACAGCCUGACCCAGCCUUAGUGUUGCCUAAAGUCCCAUCAGACCGACUGACCACACCAGGGUCAGACCUGCUGGACUCGCUGCCUGCUGUCCCUUACACUCCCCUGACAAUUUCAGAUGAGCAGCUGGAAGAGGAGCUCAAAAAUCUGACCCUCACUGAAUCAGGUUUACAACAAAGAAAAGCUGACCAAAGAAUGGAGCUUGCUCAGUAA